AUGCCGACGAGGAUCUAUGUCGGCAACCUCGACAAGGAUGUCCCUCCCGAGAAGGAGGAGCUCGCGAGGAAGUUCAAGAAGUAUGGCGACAUUGUGGAUGUGUGGGUCUCCAGACAGCCAGCAGGAUUUGCUUUCGUCACUUAUGACACGUACAAGGAUGCAUUGAAAGCCAUAGAGGAAAUGGAUGGAGUGAAGUUUCAGGGCAAGAGCCUGAACAUCCAGCUCUCUAUGGGGAAGGGCGGAGGUGGCGGGGCGCAGCCUGCCCCACGUGGUCCUAGGCGCAGCAGUCGCAGCAGGAGCCCACGUCGCCCUGCACGGAGGCGCAGCCGAAGUCGCAGCCGCCGGCGGAGCCCUUCCAGGCGGAGAAGAGCUCGAAGUUGUUCUCGAUCACCGUCUGCGAGACGGGACAGGAACGAGUAG